UUAAGGUUUCCAGCAACGACCGCGCUGGACUUUGACGUAGCGGCGUUUGUAGCACGUUAAGACCCAGUCGCGCGCGUAUGAUAUUCACUGUCGUCGUCGUCGUCAUCUUCACUUUCGAUACGAAUGAGACUAGUAUUAUAAAUAGAUGACGCCACCGCAGGAAGAAACUGCAACGGAAAACACUCUCUGCUUCUUCUCCUUCUUCUUCUCCUUCUCCUUCCUCUCUCUCAGAUUUGGUUCUCCAUAAACCAUAACUGUAUCUCUCAUUUUUCAUUCGCUUUCAGAGCUCUGAUUGCACGUAUGUAUGAUAUCGUCGUUUCAUUGUUUGCUAUUUGAAAAAUGAAUUCGUAGAAGUUGAGAAGUUCAGUUUUAUAGCUUGCGGAGCAAGAAUGAAUUCGUAUACCAGGGAGGGAGUAGGUGUUUGAGGAAGUGUGCGGAAUUGAUUUGCAGAGGAUUUGAACCGUAAAAUAUAACAUGCCUUUUUCAUCUAUAUCUAUAUAUAGUGACGAUGUCUCUGUUCUUUGAAUAAAUCUAAGCUCAUUUUGGAGAAUUCAAACUUGCGGUAAUCUCUUGUAAAGUAAGCUUCCAAAUUUUGAGGUGGUUCGGCAGUCCUAUAUAUUGAAGAAACAAGGCGUUCUGAAGUGAAAGAUCAGAAACAAAAUGAAUAAUUCAGUCUCGGAUCACAGCUUCUACAUUGAGAGUGAUGAAGAGGAUGAAGAGAACAUGUCCAACAGAGGCAAUAAUGAUGGACAUGAUUCGGAUUCCUCCCAUUCUUCCACUGAAAUUGAGCAGCAGAACAAACCCAGUUCUUACAAUACUUCAUGGCCUCAAAGUUACAGGCAAUCUAUUGAUCUGUACAGUAGUGUACCGUCUCCAAGUAUUGGGUUUUUGGGCACUCCGUCCCUGUCAAGAUUAGGCAGUUCAUUUCUUUCCUCAUCACUAACAAGGAGACACACACCUGAAGUAUUGUCUUCUUUGGUAAAACCUCUGCUGCCAUCAGUAGCAGAUGAGCAACAGGAGCAACAAAGGCGUAGUUCUCAUUCGUUGCUUCCCCCAAUUCCAUCAAGAAGGUCUUAUAUAAAAAAGGCAGGUCUAGAUCAAAAACCCCACAAGGUCUCACAUGAAGUUCCAAUUUCACGCCAGAGCUCAUAUGGACAGGCUGUGCUAAAUGGGAUGAAUAUAUUGUGUGGAGUCGGAAUUCUUUCUACUCCAUAUGCGGUGAAAGAAGGGGGAUGGGUUGGACUAUCAAUACUGCUUAUAUUCGCAUUGCUGUCAUUCUACACUGGGAUUCUCUUGCGUUACUGCUUGGAUAGUGCUCCAGGGCUUGAAACUUACCCAGACAUUGGCCAAGCUGCAUUUGGUACUACAGGCCGAUUUGCCAUCUCGAUAAUACUAUACGUGGAACUCUAUGCUUGUUGUGUUGAAUAUAUAAUUCUGGAGAGUGAUAAUUUAUCAUCACUCUUUCCAAAUGCCCAUUUAAACUUCGGAGUCUUUCACUUAGGUUCACACCAUCUAUUCGCAUUGAUGACCGCCCUGGCUGUUCUUCCUACUGUCUGGCUCCGAGAUCUCAGUGUUCUUAGUUACAUCUCUGCUGGGGGAGUUGUUGCUUCGAUAUUGGUGGUCCUCUGCUUGUUUUGGGUUGGCCUAGUAGAUCAGGUUGGCUUUCAAAGUGAAGGGACUGUACUGAACCUCACCAAUCUUCCUGUUGCUAUUGGUCUCUAUGGCUACUGUUAUUCAGGGCAUGCUGUUUUCCCAAACAUCUAUACUUCAAUGGCAAAACCAAGCCAAUACCCAUCAGUACUCUUAAUUAGCUUUGCUAUUUGUACUCUCUUAUAUGCUGGAGUUGCUGUGUUGGGAUACCAAAUGUUUGGAGAAUCAACAUUAUCACAAUUCACUCUUAACAUGCCCCAAGAUUUGGUUGCCUCUAAGAUUGCAGUGUGGACAACGGUAGUUAACCCUUUUACCAAAUAUGCAUUAACCAUGUCUCCAGUAGCAAUGAGUCUGGAAGAGUUGAUCCCUUCAAACCAAUCCAAAUCUCACAUGUAUGCAAUCCUCAUUAGAACAGCCCUGGUGAUCUCUACAUUGCUUGUGGGCCUCACCGUUCCCUUCUUUGGUUUGGUGAUGGCAUUGAUUGGAUCUUUGCUCACAAUGCUUGUAACUUUAAUACUUCCAUGUGCUUGUUUCCUAAGCAUCUUGAGGGGAAAAAUCACACGUUUUCAGGGAUCACUCUGUAUUCUGAUUAUUGCAGUGGGCGUUGUGUCUUCAGCCUUUGGAACUUACUCUGCCCUUGCCAAAAUUAUUGAGAAGUUGAGCUGAAGUUGUUUUGAAAAUUUUCCCUCCAUUCCCUUGCUUUUGAGUAGAUGUUGGAUGUUGUUUUUCAUGCAUCUCGUGAUGUUUAAUUUUAUCUGUAUCUGUUAAGGGUACUGAUGAGCAAUAAAUAAAAGCCAAGCACCAUUUGUAGCCUUUUUCAA